AUGGGAUUCGGGGACUUUGCAUCUAUCUGUUCCAAAACACCACUGCCGCUGUGUUCAGUGGUCAAGUCGUCCACACAUCUGGUCCUGGGCCCAAAACAGACCGUGCACGACUUUGAUCCACAGAACCUGACCAUGGGAAUCCUGCCCCGCUGCUACGCACGCUCUAUUGAUGUCGCCAAUACAGUGGUGUUUCAAAUUGGAAACGCGUUCGUCAACAUCGGGGCGCUCGGUGUCAUCCUGUUCAUGAUCUACUCGACGCGUCAGAAAUACACCGCUAUCGGCAGAUCCGAGUACAGUUUCCUGUUCGAGCUGUGCUUAUGCCUCAUCGUGUUCACGCUCGUGGUCGACUGCGGGGUGUCUCCCCCAGGAUCGUCGUCGUACCCGUACUUCGUGGCCGUCCAGAUCGCAUUCGCCGGCGCAUGCUGCUGGACGAUGGCCGUGUUAGGGUUUCUCGGGUUCCGCUUCUGGGAAGACGGUACUCACAAGUCCAUGGCUCUGACCCGUGGCUCCGCUUUCAUUGGCUUUGUGGUCAACUUUCUGGUGGCUAUUUUCUCGUUCCAGGCCUGGAAGACCUCUUCCACCUUCACCAGCUCUAACACGAUGGCCCUUUUCGUCGUGAUGUAUGUGCUCAACGCUCUGGCCCUUGUGUCCUACAUUUUGUGCCAGCUGGUGGUCUCAGUAUUUGUGAUCAGAAAUCUGUGGGCUGCUGGAGCUGUCUUGCUCGGGGUCUUCUUCCUAUUCGCGGGACAACUCAUUAUCUAUGCAUUUUCCGACUCUAUCUGCUCGGGCGUCAAACACUACCUAGACGGCUUGUUUUUCGGCAGUCUCUGCAACAUCUUCGCGCUGAUGAUGGUGUACAAGACAUGGGAUAUGACCACCGACGACGAUCUCGAGUUCAGUGUCAGCGUCCAUAAGGGCAACAGUCACGAAACAAACCACAUGCUGAGCUACAAUUUUUGA